UUUCCUCCGUCUUGUCCAGACGUGCACUAGCCGCUCACCAUGUCCGUCUUUGAACAGUUAAGGCCGUUCGUUAGCCUCUGCCAAGCUUGUGGUUUGAUUCCGUACACGAUGGAAAACAGUUUAUCGACAAAGAAAUUCAUAAAAUUCACGUUCUCUUUGAGACAUUUCACUACUAUUUGGUUUUCCUUCAUUUUCAUUUUGCAAUUGGCGACCAUCGCAGUAGUAUUCUAUUUUUCUAUGAAUCGGGUAGUUGAUUUUUUAUCAGAUGGCACUUUUCCGCUCACGAUCACUGUUGUUUUCGGGAUGAACUGGCUAUCCAUCAUGGCUCAACUUUUAGCAUCACGAUGGAUAUCCUUGCAGCAUCGUCAACUGCAGAACGCAAUAGAACAAGUGCGAGAAGUGGAGAGACUGUUUGGCGACAAAUUUAUCAUGCAGCACAAAAGCUCUGUUAUGACACGUUUUAUUCUCGGCUUUAUCCUUGUCCUCCUUGCGGUUACAGGUCUGUUUUUUGUUUUCAUUCCGGUUUAUAAAUCGCUGUUGCCAUCGAACAUGGGCAUCUUAGCCACGACAGCUAUCUUCUCUUUUGGAAUGUUGGGCUUAGUCAUGACCGAAUGCAUAUUCUUACUGGCGCAUCUCAGUUAUUACAUCAUCUCUCACUACAUUCAUCUGCUGCUUCUGCAUGCGGAAAGUCCUGACGAACUGCCAGUGAUUUCUCAGAAAGAGGAAGGAUGUAAUAUGAGAAAAUGGGAAAACAGCACACUCAUAUUGAACCAUCUUUGUCGAGCAUCGUCAGAACUCAAUAGCAUUUUCUCUUUUCCCACGUUAUUUAUGCUGACAUCGAAAUUCAUCUCAGUUGUCAGCACAGCCUAUGUCUGCGUUUACAGUUUUAGCCAUCCAAAUCAUGUGUUACCAGACUUCAGUAUGUCAAUUCCAUUCGUUUUUUUCACCGAUUGGAUGCGAAUUUUUGUCGCCCUUUACGCCGCAGACAUGCCCGUCAAUCAGGUUCGUCUACUUCGCGAACGUAUCAUUGCAGUGUCGCAUUCAGGAUUAUCCCAAACAUUAACCGAUAAAAUUGAUGCUAUGUCAAUGUUGAUGCAAACUGACGAAAGUCGUGUACGUUUAUCUGCUGUUGGACUCUUCAAUGUUGGGAUGCAUUUAAUUCCGGCCGUAAGUUUUUAUAUGAUUGCGCUCCGAAUUCAAAAUGAGAUCGUCAUGUUACGUUACGUUAAUAUCAUCAUAAUAAAACUUGGUUUUGAAGUUAACAGGAGCUGCAGUGACUUACAUGGUCAUCCUUCUUCAAAGUUAAUCAGAUACACUGAAUAUGGGCAAUGUCUUCCGAUCUAGCUGAAUUGGCAGUAGAAACUGUUUUCUUAUUAUUUGGAGUAAAAGGAAGUGAUGGGUUUCACCUUGUUGCUCCUUAUUUUGGCCAUUCCCUUUCUCACUUUGCUCGUCGCCCUAAAAAUGAUGGCGGAAAAUCCUUUAGUUAAGGCAAUCCACAUGUCGGCCCUGGCUUUGCGUAGAUACACUGUUGCAUGACGCGCCCUUAUUAAAAUGAAAACUACGCCAAGGUAAUUGGACUAAUGAAAUCAGUUACUGUUGCGUAAGCAGUCGCCCAUUGUCGAAGACGGACAAACGGGGAAGUUGGACUUUUAAGUUGCAGGCCCUGAUUUUCGGGGUAUAAAUAAGCGAGCGAAAAUAUUGCCCAGUCAGUUAACCGCUCAGAUCUUACCCUCACACAAUAUCAACAUGUACAAGUCGCUGGUGUUUGCGUUGCUUUUUGCUGUCGCAUCGAUGACCGUUGCAGUGGAUGCUGCACCGUACAGUUACAGCGACUGGCUUUCCUUUCUCUAUUCGAGACGUCCUACCGAAGUUGUUUACGAAUAUUCUCCAGAAUAUUCCAGCCAUCAGAGUGCGGAUGGAAAAACUAGCACUUUGCCUGAUGUAUUUUACUUCGGAUCAGACGAAUCUCUGGAAUUAGAGGAUUUCUAUGAAAGACCAAGACUUGUGGCAACAAAAGAUUUAACACUAAGGGAUAUCCUUGCCCGCAUUUCCGCUCGAGCCGAUCCGGUUUACUAAAGCUGUUCCAGACUUUGUGUCAUAACCAGCAGCAAAAAAAAAAAAUGUUAUGAAACAAGUUCCAGACAGCCGAAACUUGCAAUUUUUAUAUCUCUACUUCUCACUCUUGACCUGUAAAUGAAAAAUUUUCAAUGGCUAAUUUCAUGAUCUUUGUCAAUUACUCGAAAUAAAUAUCGGAAUCCAA